AUGAAUUGGCAAAGCGGUAUUUGGACCAAUACCGAGGAUGAGAUUCUUAAAGCCGCGUUUAUGAAAUAUGGUCGUAAUCAAUGGGCUCGUAUUUCAUCACUUUUGGUUCGAAAAACGCCAAAACAGUGCAAGGCUCGCUGGUACGAGUGGAUUGACCCCGCCAUUAAAAAGACAGAAUGGACACGUGAGGAAGAGGAGAAGCUUUUACAUUUGGCGAAAGUGCUCCCUUCGCAAUGGCAGACCAUUUCAUCUAUUGUUGGCCGCACUGCCCAUCAAUGUCUUCAACACUACGAACAAUUGUUGGAUGCGGCACAAAGCAAGCUUUUAAUUGAAGGCGCUCCUUCGCUCGAAGACCUUGACAUGCUUCGUGGACUGCGUCCUGGAGAAGCUGACCCGUGUCCAGAAACAAGGCCGGCUCGUCCUGAUCCAGUGGAUAUGGAUGAUGACGAAAAGGAGAUGCUUUCUGAAGCCAGGGCCCGUCUGGCCAACACACAAGGAAAAAAAGCAAAGCGCAAAGCAAGGGAAAAAAUUUUGAAUGAAUCUAGAAGACUUUCUCUCAUCCAAAAGAGGCGAGAAUUAAAAGAAGCUGGAAUUGAGGCUAGAAUCGGGAUGAAGGGUAAAGGUACCGGCGUUUAUGUGAUCAACUAUAACACGGAAAUUCCCUUUGAGAGAAAACCACCGCCUGGCUUUUUUGAUACAAACGAAGAGGUUCAAAGAGAAAAAGAGGUUCUCAAACUAAAGUCUCCGCUUGUCUCUUCUCUUUCUCAAGAACCAAAAAGAGACACCACUGAAGAGCAGGCCAAAAAGAAAGAAAUUUCCGAAAGGAAAGAGGCUGCCAGUCAAGGCAAAUUGACCCCAGCCCAAUCGGCUCGUCUAAAGCAGCUCUCCCAAGAGCAAUUUCAAAUCAGAAGAGCUGCAUUUAACCUUCCAUCGCCAAUAGUCAAGGAGAAGGACGUCCGUGAGCUGCUGAAGCUUGGCAUUUCUACAGAAGAUGCAAGGGAAUAUGUUAUUGAGACUGGAGAAACUCCGCUUCGUCGCCCAGCGGACCAAUUUUCCGGAAGUUUUACGCCAAAUUCGAGAGAGGGCAGCGAAAUUGGAGAGGAAGGGCCUCCAAUUGAUUUGGUCAGGUCGCGGCUCUCCAUUGCUCUUUCAAAGCUGCCAGCCCCAAAAAACAACUAUGAAAUUGUACUUCCAGAUUAA